AUGGCGGACGCCCCUACCCCUACUCGAUCGUUGCCAGACGGGCAGACAGUGUGGCCAGGCACAGAACACCCGCAACACGCACUCGGCGCGGGACGGGGUUCCGCACACAAUGAGCCUUCCCGCUCAAUGGUGCUCCCCGGAACAAUCAGAAGUGAUGUCCAAGCGGCUGACAGGCCCGUUGAAACCAUAACGCCUGCACCCGCACGCAGCGAGCCGAGCUCAACCGUGGAGAUAUACCCAAGAUCGUCGAGUUUGUUUGACAAGGCAGUUGACUUGCCUUUCUUCGAACCUACCGAUCCAAAUCGGUGGCCGGCAGAGAAGGUGCUAUUCCUUGCCGGAUUCCUGUUCUUUCCAUGCUGGAUUCUGGGAGGCUUCUGGAAAUGGCGACCAAGAUAUGAUACUUUCAUCAUAGGAGGAAGUGUGCUUGUUGUGGAGCUGGCUCUUAGAGGACGAUGA